AUGGCGAUGCAGUCACAAAACUCAGGUGUUGGUCCUGGGAGAACUGACCGAGAUCUGAAAGUAUUCUCGUCGGCGCACAGAGCAGAAGAACACUCUAGCAAUGCGACUAUUCCUACGAAACGAGACUCGGCCGACGAUGACGGCGCCCAAUUCAAGGGUGAGAUUGGAGUCAGUAGGGUCGAGGCUUUCAACAAAGUCCUUUACCAGUCCGGCAGGUCUGGAAAGAUACUCCUCUGGCUGCUAGGGAUUUCAAUCGGCCUGACAAUGUUUGCAUAUGCAUUGGACAUGGGAAUUACCGGGACUAUCUUCACCACCAUGGCCAGUUCCACCUUCGGGCAGCACAGCCAACUCGCGGCCGUCAGUACGGCCAGUCAGAUCAUCCGCGCCAUCAGCAAACCUUUCAUCGUUAAGCUGGCAGACAUCACCUCGCGCCCGACCACCUAUGUUGUCAUUCUCGUCUUCUACGUCGUCGGUUUCGUCGUCGCCGCGAGUUCGAGCACUUUUUCAGCCUAUACCGUGGGCAUUUGCUUCACGUCUGUGGGCAAAUCUGGACUUGAUUUGCUGAGCGAUAUCAUCGUGGGCGAUUUGACCCCGCUGGAGUGGCGAGGCUUUUUCGGCGCCGCUCUCUCUAUUCCCUUCGUCAUAACGGUCCCUGUCAACGGGUUCAUCGCCGAGGCAUUUGUCGACAACUGGCGGUGGGGCUUGGGCAUGUUUGCAAUUCUUGUCCCUGUGCUGCUCCUCCCUGCCAUCUUCACGUUGUACGCGAUGCAGCGGCGAGGGGAGAAGUUGGGUAUGGUUACUAUGGCCGCCUCGAAGCGCCUACGGACCGGACAGGAGGAUGGUGACAUUACAGAGCAGCCAAUCGGGCAGAGGAGCCGGAUUAAUCACUGGACCACACUCCUCUACGAGGGCCUAAUCGACAUUGACAUCAUCGGGCUCAUCAUUCUCGGCACCUCUUUCGCCCUGAUUUUGCUACCAUUUACUCUUGCGGAAAGAGCCGACGGUGGCUGGGGGAACGCAAGCAUGAUUGCCAUGUUGGUCACGGGCUUUGUGUUGCUCGUAGGGUUUGUCUGUUUCGAGGCGUUCCUCUCCCCGAAGCCGCUCAUGACGAAGAGGAUCAUCAAGAACCGGACGUUCCUGGCCGCCGUGGUCAUCUACACUUUCAACCAGACUGCCUCUUCGACCCGCAACACCUACUUCUCGUCGUACCUUUACGUCAUCAAGGAAUGGUCCACCUACAAAUGGACCAUAGUCUUGGGGAUCACCACCAUGGGACUCAGCGUGAUUGGUCCAGUCGUCGGGCUCAUCCAGAGAUGUACGCACCGGUACAAGAAUUUGAUGGUUUUUGGCGCCGUCGCCCGUAUGGUAGGUUACGGCCUUUUGAUUCGGAGCGACGGAAAAAUGGUACAAGACACGCCUCGCUUGGUCAUUGCCCAGCUCAUUUUUUGUCUGGGCUCCUUCAACGUCGUCGGGGCUCGCGUGGGCAGUCAGGCCUCGGUACCCCACGAAGACAUGGCCACCAUCAUUGCUUUGUUGACUUUGUGGUCCACGCUGGGCUCGUCCCUCGGUAGUGCCAUCUCGUCAGCCAUCUGGACGAACGAGAUGCUCGACCGUAUGCACAGGGAGAUGCCCGAAGCCAGUGACGAGACGGUCUCACAGCUGUACAAGAACAUCAGGAAGCUACGUAGCCGAUACGACUUGGAGAACCCGAUCAGGCAGGGCGCCAUCCGGGCGUAUGCGUGGGUCAAUGGUCAUAUCGCCAUUGCCGCUCUUCUUCUUGCCGCCUUGCCAUUGAUCGCCACUUUUUUCAUGCCCGACUACUAUUUGGGUAAACAGCAGAAUGCCGUGACUCAGACAGGUCUUGAUGGGGAAUCGGUCAACGUGCCUGACAGAGAGCGAGCAGAUAGUAACUUGGUGGACAACGACAACAACAAAAAGCCAAAAUCCCUCUAUCGUCGGUUUUUGAAUGCUUAUCAUAAGGCAUAGUACGUGAUUAGCUAGGGUUUAGGGAGCUGACACACCUACAAUAAUACCAGCCUAGUAUCGGUUGCACGCAUUUCAUGU